AUGACGUUGAGAAAUACUGCAUUGUGGUCAGCAGAUGGCGGUGUGAGGAUUUACGAAGAGGAGGAUGUUACAGUAAAAGAAGAGGAGAAAGAGGAGGACGUUACAGUAAAAGAAGAGGAUGCAGUUUUUGGAGUGAAAGAGGAGGAGGAGGAGAUUACUAUUACAUCGAUAAAGGAGGAAAAAGAAGAGGAGGAAACUGGAUAUCUGGGCCCGAUUUCCCAAAGGCAUCUUAAGGCAUCGAAUGGUUCUAACGAUGAAUGUGCCCUGAUUAACACUAGAGAGAGACGUGACUAUCAUGGAUCCUCUGGGGAGCCUCAACAACCUCAUGACGCUGACAAGGCAGGGAAGAGUCUCUCCAAAUCAAAACACCCCAAGAAACACCUGCAGAGACCCACAGGGAAGAGAACUCACUGCUGCUCUGACUGUGGAAAGUGUUUUGUUUCUUCAGGAUGUUUAAAAUCACACCACAGAACACACACAGGAGAGAAACCUUAUGGUUGUGAUCAAUGUGGGAGGAGAUAUGUUACUUCUAGCGGGCUGACUAAACACCAGAGAACGCACACAGGAGAGAAACCUUAUAACUGUAUUCAAUGUGGGAAGAGUUUUACUCAGUCAUCCAGCCUGAUAUUACAUCAGAGAACACACACAGGAGAGAAACCUUAUAGCUGUAUUCAAUGUGGGAAGAGUUUUACUCAGUCAUUCAGCCUGAUAUUACACCAGAGAACACACACAGGAGAGAAGUCUUAUAUCUGUGCGCAAUGCGGGAAGAGAUUUGCCUCCUCAGCAGACAUUAAAAUUCACCAGAAAAUCCACACAGGAGAGAGACCUUUUAGCUGCUCUGACUGUGGAAAGAGUUUUGUUCGCUCAGGACAAUUAAAAUCACACCAGAGAACACACACAGUAGAGAAACCUUAUAGCUGUAAUCAAUGUGGGAAGAGUUUUACUCAGUCAGGCAACCUGGUAUCGCACCAGAGAAGACACACAGGAGAGAAACCUUAUAGCUGUGAUCAAUGUGGGAAGAAGUUUACUCAGUCAGGCAACCUGGUAUCACACCAGAGAACACACACAGGAAAUAAACCUUUUAGCUGUGAUGAAUGUGGAAAGAGUUUUACUACAUCUAACCAUCUUAUUGUACACCAGAGAACACACACAGGAGAGAAACCUCAUUGCUGUGAUCAAUGUGACAAGAGAUACUCUGAUAAAAGAUCACUGAUCAAACAUCAGAAAAUACACACAGAAGAGAAAUCUUAUGGCUGUGAUCAAUGUGGGAAGAGUUUUACUGAGUCACACAUCCUGAAAUCACACCAGAGAACACACACAGGAGAGAAAUCUUAUGGCUGUGAUCAAUGUGGGAAGAGUUUUACUGAGUCACACAUCCUGAAAUCAUACCAGAGAACACACACAGGGGAGAAACUUUGGGCUCGUAAGUAA